UAAUUGAUAUAAAUUAUUUGAAAGAAUCCAAACAAUUCAUUUUAUAUAAAGCUGUAAAACUACAUGUGUGGUGUCUCAAACAUGAUGAGUAUUGCGUCUACAUCAGGACCUACUUCUUACGAAAAGAUGUCUUUGCCAUCUUCCAUGAGUGACAACGACUAUGACGACAUUGAUAAAACUCCUUCUUCAGCAGUACUUGAUGAUAAUAACAGUGAAGACAUGAUUGGUGUUUCGCCUUCCACAUCAAAACCUGACUUGCUGUCUCAACCAUGGAAAUGUUAUGAUAAAUCAAUAAUGCAUCAGCAAAAGUUCAGAAUGAUGGAAGAAUAUGAGCAAGAAAAUCCAAGAAACGUUAAACUUGUAAAUGGUGUAAAGGUUAUUUGUUCUGAAGAGUUUUUGCUUGGUAAAGGAAGUGAUGGAACUCGUGUUUACCUUGGACUCGGAAAAGAUGGUUACGGAAAAGCAGUAAAACGAUUGCUUCGAGAUAACUGCGCGGAGUUAGCCAAACGAGAAAAAGAUAUUUUGAAUGAGUUUAAUGCAAAGCGUUCAAAUUAUGUUGUGAAUUAUUGGCAUCUUGAAGAAGAACCAGGCACAGAUUAUUUGUAUUUGAUAUUAGAUUUGUGUGAAGAAUCGUUAGAAAGUUUUGUGCAAUCUUCUACUUUGCAAUAUCUUCAAAAAGCACUUCCUACAAUUCUUAUGCAGAUUUUAAAAGGUUUAGCUGAUCUUCACAGCGGUGAGCAUCCUAUUCUUCAUCGGGAUUUAAGACCCUCGAACGUUCUUCGAGAUGUACAAGGAAAUUUUUUAGUCGCGGACUUUGGUAUAAGUCAUAUGUUAUCUGAUGAAACUUCGACACAUUGGAGCAUACAAAGAGGAGCUAAAUAUUGGAUAGCUCCAGAGUCAUAUGACGCAUCUGAUGAUACAAUUAAUAAAGUUCGUUACAAAAAAGAGUCUGACAUUAUGAAUGCCGGAAUGGUGGCUUAUUAUGUUGCAACAAAGGGGAAACAUCCUUUUGGAAUUGAACGGCAUAGACUGGACAACAUUUUGACAGGAAACCCAGUUGGCUUGGACAAAAUCAAGGAUGCCACGCUCAAAGACCUUUUAUCGUGGAUGCUACUGCUAAAACCGGAAGACAGACCAUUGGCCAACGAAGCGUUAAAACACCCAUAUCUACAAACCGAUAAGGAGAAUUUUGAUUUGCUGUGUGAUGUUGGGAAUGAACCAGAAAUAAAGACAUCAUCUCCACAUUCUCUUCCCUCAAAUCUUCGUGAGCAGUUGAAUCUUUCAAUAAAUUGGAUGGACCGUAUCGAUCCUGAAUUCUUUAAUCAUUUCAAUAAAGUAUCCGACUCUACAUGGUUAGGUUGCCUAAGAUUUUUACGAAACGUUCGCCAGCAUUGGCAUGAUAAACCUCGUCCACAACUGUCAUCAUGUGUUAAAGAUGGAAACUAUCAAGAGUAUUUUCUUCAACUUUUUGAGGAACUGCCUUAUCUAGUUCACAGAGCCAUAAGAUUGAGUGCCUGGAAGGCAAGACCUGAUCUAGAGAAACAUUUUCCAAGUAAGACACAGAAAUGAGUUUUCAUUUUUGAUGGCCAAGCUAUAAAUUAGGGGUCCAUGACACUAUAUUUGUUAUUUUCACUCUAGUUCUACUCUUCAUUUACUUUACUUAAUGCAUGUAUGUUUUGAAUUCUGUAUAUUGCCGUUGCAAACAUUUGUUAUACAGUGCACAUGCUGUAAAAGUUAAAGAAGGCAAGGGAAAGAAAAGCGAAGGUGUUAUUGAUUACGUUGAUCUUAACGGUAAAUAGCUAUGUAACAACAAACUAAUGCUGUGUACGUGUCACUUUUCUUAAAUAUUCUACCAAAAACCGUAA